UCGAGACACUCAGCAACAGGAACGGGAGUGCAUUUGCACUCUGCUUCACUCACGCACUGCUGCUUGAGCUGGGCUUGGUUAAGCACUUUAACAAUAAGGACUGGAGCUCUCCGAAAUAAAGAGGCAGAGGGGAAACUCGUGAAAACUGUUAUUACAGAAAACAUUCUGAGUUUAAUCAGUGCGGCGGCUGCAGGACAAUUUAAUUUUUAAGUGUUGUAAGUUGCAGCAAAGUCUCUUGGACCUCAAGGCAUCCUUCAGAAGUUUGUUGCGAAUUCUGCCGUUUUCGGGAGUUGUCAUGCUGAGGGUGCGGCGUGACGGCGCGGGGUUGCUGGCGGUCUGCUUGCUGUGGUCUGGCUGUUGGGGAGCCGUGAGCGAACGGCCACAAGAGUGCCGGCCGUGCAGCCGGCAGCAGUGCGAGGAGCCGCGAACUUGUCCGGGCGCGAAGGUGUUGGAUGCCUGCGGCUGCUGCCUGGUGUGUGCCCGGCAGAAGGGGGACACGUGCGGCGAGCUGGACGCCAAUCUGGGCAAGUGUGACACGGGUCUGUGGUGUGUGAAUGAAAGCCUGUCCAGUAUUGAGGAAGGGGAGGACGGUGACAGUAGCUCCGGAAUAGACCGAGGACCGUUGAUAGGAGUCUGCAAAGAAAUAGAAUUCAUUGAGGACGUCGUGCCUGAACAUAACCUGUGCCCGGAGGUAUCUGGUUGUGAUCUGCUGGAUGGGCAGUGCGUUUGUGAGAUCCUGCACACUUGUGUCAGGGUAUUCCAGUUCCCUGAUGUGGAAGCCUGCACUGCGGCGUCGGGCUAUGCUCCAGGGGAAGAAUUGGACUGUUCCACUGAGCACUGCCCAGUGCAGUUUGAAUCUCUUUGCCCUGAGGAUUCGGUACUUGUCAAAGGAUACACACGACCAGGACAGUGCUGCCCAACGCCUAGUGUCUGCCAGUGUAAUAAGGAAACCUGCAAAGAAAAGGACUGUCCUUUUGGUCACCAGCAGUUUCUGCUUUCGGAAGCGACAGGAAUACCAGGAGAGUGCUGUGAUGUGUACGAAUGCAGACCAGAAACCACUCGCAAGUGUCUGUUUAAUGGCACUGAGUACACAGAUGGAGAGGUGUAUCGCAUGGAGGCCUGCUGGUUCUGCCGCUGUCGGGGUGGGAUCUCAUUAUGUUCCAAAGUAGAAUGUGGAGAGCUGAAAUGUGAGAACUAUUACAUCCCUGAGGGAGAGUGCUGCCCAGUUUGUCAGGACCCCGUUUUUCCAGCCAUCGGUGGCUUGGGCUGUUUGGCAAGAGGUCAGAUUCGAGCACACGGUGAUCACUGGCGAGAAGAUGACUGUACUUUCUGCCAGUGCGUCAAUGGGGAACAUCACUGCGUAGCUAUGGCUUGCAAGCAGACAUGUCAGAAUCCAGUCAAAAUACCAGGGGAGUGCUGCCCUUUCUGUGAAGAGCCAACCUUUGGAACAGUCAGUCCAACACUAUGUGAGAGGCUGAUAAACUGUACCUUGACAGUGAAGGAUUGUCCGCAUGGUUUUGUACAAGAUGAGAAGGGAUGCCUGAUGUGCCAAUGUCUACCUAAGGAACCCUGCCCAGAUUUGAUAUCGUAUUGCUCUUUAGAUUGUCCCCAUGGUUUUCUGAUGGAUGUAGAUGACUGCGUCAUCUGUGAGUGCCGACCACAGCCACACAAGUGCCGAAAACUUUCCUGCAAUAAGCACUGUCCCUAUGGCUUUAUGAGAAACAAACAUGGUUGUGAGAUGUGCCGCUGUGUGAAAUGCCCACCGCUUACCUGUGACAAGUACUGCCCAGAAGGGUAUGAAAAGAAUAAGAAAGGAUGCUCCAUGUGCAAAUGCAAAGAGUCUGAUGUGCAUCUUAGCACCACCACUGCUCCAAUUGCAACCAGUUUCUGCUUGACUGCUAACGGCCAUCGCUAUGAAGAAGGAGAAGGCUGGCAUGAUGGAUGUAGAGACUGUUAUUGUUACAGUGGAAAGGAAAUGUGUGUGUUAAUUACAUGCCCUGUUCCAAACUGCCUCAAUCCAUUGGUCAAACCUGGGCAGUGCUGCCCCACCUGUCAAGAUGAGUCAGGCAGUGGACAGCCUGAUACGGUGGACCUCACUGUAUGUCAAGCUCCCGGAGGGGAAUACUAUUUAGAAGGAGAAACCUGGAACAUGGACACUUGCACACAAUGUACUUGUCACAGUGGGCGCGUACUCUGUGACACUGAGGUGUGCCCACCUCUCCUAUGCCAAGCACCAAUCAAAGAAUCAGAUGCCUGUUGUUUGACAUGUCCAGAAGAUCAGUUGAAAACCCUGUUGUUGACCAAUGGCAGUGAGUCUGGAUAUUGUAUGUCCAGUGAUGGAGAUAUUCUGUUAGUUGGAGAGUCUUGGAAGCCAAACGCCUGUACAAGCUGCAUAUGUGGUGAUGGUGCCAUUCAGUGUUUCUCUCAGACAUGUCCAGCUGCUUUAUGUAGGCUGCCAGUUCUAAGGAAAGGACAGUGUUGCCCCUAUUGUUUGGACAUGCCAACAGUUUCUUCACCAACAACAGAGGCUGCUGAUAUAUCACCGGAGAAGUCAACUGAACGAAAGGAUAAGGGGGUACCUCCACCAUCUGUUCAGCCUGAUUUAUCAUUAUUCACAGCAGCCACUGGGAGACCCCCCAAGCAAACUGAAAUGGCGAUAAUCUACCAGUCAGCAGCAUGGGUUCUGGCAGCCAUACUGCUAACAAUCAUCACGUUUUUAAUAGCCACACUCAUAAUAAACAGAAAGAAACAGUGGUUCCAGAUGCCAUGCUACCAUGCACCAACAAAGACGCAGUUUUUGAAAAAUCCAGUUGACAAACAAACUGUGGUCUACAUGGACUCUGUGAAAGGAAACAAAAUGCACAGCGUUAAUAACUGCUGCAGAAAGGAUCUAAUGGUGGAAGCAGAUUCCCAGUACAAUGAGAAAUACCGUGUGCGUGCAGAAAAACAAAGCAACAGCCAGCAAAACAAACUGCUUGGAUAGAAACAUGAAAAAAGUUGGCUUCUGAACUGAUGGAGACUUGGCAAUAAUUCAAAGAGUGUGCUCCAUUCACCAGCCUUGCCUCUUCUGGUUUCCAUUAUAUUUUGAGUUAAUGAUUCCAGCUUGUUAUCUGUGUAUGAUUCAGGUACUUGCAAAAUAACAGUUACUUUUAAAACCACAUGUCUUUAUUGACUUUCCUGUUCACUUAAAAUACCCGAAAGAAUUAAUAGAGAAACUUGCCAAAAAAACGUAAUCAAGCCAGAAAAUGAACACCAAACUUCUCAGUAUCUUUGUUCGGUACAAUAUAUAGGGGGGAAAGUGUGGGGACAACAUAUGGGGAAGAGUAAGCCUUUAGUCAGUUACUGUAACCACUUUAUUCAAAGAGUACUUAAUCAAGCAAUGGCUUAAUUAAAAUUGUCCCCCAAUGUUAUAGAAUAAGCAUUUUCAAACACAGGUGGAUUUUAGUUUGUUUAAAAUUGAUGUUUUGGAAAUGUGGUAAUGGAAUAUAUAUUUCUUAAUGCCCUGAGAGAAUAUUGUAGCAUUUUUCCUCGUGCAGGAGAAAUCUUUAAAAAUUAUCUUUCAUCGUGACAUUUUUCAGCACUAGUAAAAAGGUAAAUUACUGGGAACUGGAGAAUAGCUGUAAGCUGACACUUUAUUCCACCUCCAGAAUACAUGCAAAAUAUUAAAACUUUCAACAGCCUUUCGAGUGGUGGAAUUUCUCAUCUAUUCCAAGACAGCACUGUAAAUGCCAAGAGGGAUGGACAAAUGGUCAAAUAGGAAAUGAAAGAUACCAAAUUAUUGCUGCAGAAAUAUGCAUUUAACUAUAGCAUUAUUAAUAUUACAGUUAACAUUUGCUAUGACAGUGAUUUACAUGCUGUAUCGAUUCCUAUACCUGUACUCUAUAGUUUCAUUGUGUUGAAUGUAUUCACAAUUUUUGUUUGUGAACAGUCUGUCAUUCCAGUUUGUAGAAGGAAUUGAACUGAGCAUUGCUGCUUUAUUUGACUGGUGACAACAAAACUCAAUAUAAAUGCCAAAAGCAGGAAAAGCUAAUGUGGAAAAUUUAUUAUCAGGUUUAAAUUAAAAGUGUUAUCAAAUCUUUGAGUGAACCCUAGUGAACACACCAUCAGGGAUAAGAUGCGUGGCAGAACCAGGAACAGAGCUAAAAUAUUAUUUAAUCUGGUUGGAGGAGGAUGGCGUAAAGGGGCUGAAUAUAAGCAGUGUAUGAAUAAUAAAAAGCACAUACUGUACCCCCACCCCCAAGCUGUUCUAGCUUCACCCAGGCUUAACAUGCAGGCUUUACCCAUUUACAGUGCUCUAGGUGACUGAAUAAAAAGUAUUUCAAAAUAUUGAUGGUGUUUUGAGGUGUCAAGGAAGAGUGAAAUGUUGUAACUACUCUAUGGUUUAUACUCUAUGGUUUAAAAUGUGGGAGCACAGGGAAUAUGUUGGUAAGCUGUGGCACUUUGUAGUCAACUUUACUAAUAACAUUAAGGAUUUUAAGAAAAGCCCUAUUGAUACCAGGCUGUGAGCGUACAAAUUCUUUUAAAUUGUAAGAAGUUUCAAGUAUUUUUGUAGAUACUUAGUUUGCAGAUAAUUGAGCAAAAGGGAGGAGAGUUUCUUAAUUUAUUUUUUCAGAUAGCUUAAUUUAUUAAUCUAAGUAGAAUCUGUAUAGAAGAAUAGCAGAGGGCUUAACAAUUCUGUUUACUUCUAUUUGUUACUGUGAUUUGUAGUCCAAUAAGUUAAGAUGUGGCAAAGCUCUUUGGCCAUGCAAUUUUGCUGGCGUGUUAUGCUGAGAUAAUUACCUGAUCAUAUGCCUUAAAAACCUGUAAACCCCUUUGCUGUACUUUUUAUGUAAGUUCUUAAUUUUUGUUUAACUCUUUACUGUUGAUAUAUAGAGAUCUAAGUUGCUUAUUUAUUUACAAUGAUGUGUAGUAGCACUUGUAAAUGCACAUGGCCUAGCAGCUGAGUUGUAACUAGUAAAAAGGCAUUUACUCAUUUAAAUAAAUUUUGUUGUGGAAAUUGUCUGAAUCUGUGGUAAGGUAUUUUCCAAAUUUGCUCUGAGAAAAACUAAUCAGAAAGGAGUAGCAUAUAUAUUAUAAUUUCAGAUCCGAGCCCCCAGGAAAAUAUCUACAGCAUUGAGAAAUAUAUAUUUCAUUAUCAAGAGUAAUACUCAGCAAGAAAGAGUUUUUCUGAGUACCAUUGUGAAACUUUCAGUGUGACUGGGCCUUGUUUUGAAGUAUGUUGCAAAGUGAACUGUCUAACGUAUAUUAUCAAUUUUCAGUUAAUAAUCGAUUGGUAAAAUAAAUAG